AUGGCCAGCAAAUUAAGCAAACAAGUAUUGCAAAACGAAUUGCUGAAGGAGAUGAACGGCAAAAAAAUAUGGAUGGAAGAAAUGACUGCUAGCAAAAGGAGAGCAUUGGAGGCUUUGAAGUACCUUCCUACCACUAACAACUUGGAAAUAGACCAGAUGGAUUACUGGGAAGACAAAAACAUUGAUAUUGAAAAUAUCCUUGAUGGUUUGGAGGCACUGAAUAUGAGUUAUGCUGGAGGAGAGUUUGAGCUGUUGGCCCAACAAAUAAAGUCGGACAUCUUACAAAGGGUCAAAGCCUUUGAUAAGCAACUUGCAACACUGACAGAUGCAUACAUGGAAUGGUGUUACAAACAUAAGGGAAGUGCUGACCGUGGCUUGUUCAGAGAUCAUCAUCAGUCCAACUCAGAGGUGUCAAAAAGUGCUGGCAGUGUUAAAGUCAAAGUGGUAGACAUUUACUACGCGCACUCUUGCCAGCUGAAGAUACUCCCGACCGAUAAAUUCAUUGCAUCUGCAAUGGUGCCAUAUCAAAAACACCUAUCACAACAAUUUUCAAUAGCCUUUGAUCUCUUUCUGGAGAUCAGAAAUCAAGUCAAUCAUUGCAUACAGAAAGCUUGUGGUCGGGAUACCCCAAACUGGCGGCUUAAGCAUGCCUGUCCCGCAUGCACAUACACACUCAAGGAUGAACCCACAAUAGAAUUCAAGCUUCUAUAUGUGAUGGACGGAAACAACUCGCUCAAGAGAGUCAUAAGGUGCACUUCAACCAAUCAUGAUGAUGACGGGCCAGGACAACCAUGUGAGCUACUGACGACUCAAGAAGUCCACGGGGACCAUUACUUAACCAGAGCUUACAUUGAUAAAUGGGCCAUUGAAGCACUCAAAGAUCUAUUGGGCAAAGCUCAGAGUGCAGAAGAAGUCGAAGAAAACCCAUGCACUGGCUGA